AUGACAAAGAUGACAAUGACACUCCAUGACAAAGACGACGAGCAGCACCGACAACAACCAAAGAGAAUCAAGACGUUGCACUCUUCCGGAACAUCUAAAGAUCCUCAAUCGGUACCUCCUGAUAUCAUUAUCGAAAUUCUGUCGAGGCUUCCCGUUAAAUCGCUCUUACGGAUCAGUUUUUCAACCAGCAACAAUCGAUAUGCGCAUCGUCACUUAAUUUUCAGUACCAAGUCAAUAAGUGUUCAUAGUUGUCCUCUUUAUGAUGUGCUUUAUGAUGGAAUCGUGAACGCCUUAGAGAUUGAUUAUCCAUUGAAAGAGUCUUUUGACUAUGUGCGGAUCUUCGGUUGUUGCAAUGGAUUGUUUUUAAUAGCUAACAAGGUCGAUGAUCUGUUUAUUUGGAACCCUAGUACCCGAAGAUCAAACAGGUUACCGUGUUCUGGUUCUAGAGGGCGACCUCGUAAGUAUGAAUUUGGGUACGAUGAGUCUUCUGAUGAUUACAAAGUUGUUGCAAUAUAUUAUGUUUAUAAGGGUGAAGCCGUGUAUAAUGCAAUAGUGAAGAUAUAUUCAUUGAAAACUGGAAAUUGGAAGAGAAUUGGUGAUUUUCAUAAUGGUUUUUCUAUGGAUUGUUGUGUCAAGUAUUUGAAUGGAGUUCUUCAUUGGACGAGUAUUCAAGAUUCUGGGUCAUCUUAUUCGUGGACUAUAGUUUCUCUUGAUUUAGCAAAGGAGACGUAUGGAGAAAUUUUGCAACCUGCGUGUGAUGAAGGUGAUAUGGAUUUGAAAUUGGGGGCUUUGAGAGAAUGGUUGUGUGUGCUUUGUGAUCAUUAUGGUAGAAAUUGUGCGGAUGUAUGGGUGAUGAAGGUUUAUGGGGUGAAAGAUUCUUGGACUAAAUUGGUUUCUAUCCCAUAUCCUAUUGAUCGUGAGUGCUUCGGAUUUUCAGUGCCUUUGUGUAUUUCAAAUGAUGGGAAAGUUUUGCUGCAACAUGGGUCGGAGUUGGUUGUAUAUGAUUCCGAGAAUUGUUCAUUUUCAGAGAUUCAGAACUUCAAUGAAUGGGCUCAAGCAUAUACCAUUGCUGAGAGUCUGGUUUCUCCCGAUUCCCGGGCCCUAGAGAUAACAAUCAGGCUUGAUAUCAAGGAAAACGGCAAAAGGGUUACUGGAUUUGACAUGGCAUCACCAGCUUCUGCAAUCUUGGCUGGUGCUGCAGCUGUUACUGCAGGUACAUAA